GACAGCUGCAGCGCGGGCGAUUUGGAAGGUCCGGGUAGAAGUUCAGGAUGUGGGCUGAAAGGCAUCGGGCGGCUGUAGAGCUGCAACAAUUUCUGAGCAGCGUCUAUGAACAAGUGAAGAAAGAGGAAUCAUUGGGUCCUUUUCAGUUUAAGGAUGACAUUCAGGUACAUGUAGUCUGCGAUGGCCACUGCAAGCCACUAGAAAGUUUCUGCAGCGGAAGUGAGGUGCUAUACAUUUUAGAGAAAAAGCCUUUGACUUUGGAAGAUAAUGUCUUAGACGAAACUGAAAAUAACGAGGGCAUUUCUUUUUAUACAUCCCUACAAGAAAUCCCUCAACCCCAGGCAAUACCCACCAUGAGAGCCAGGCAAUUCCUCACCAGUUAUACUCUUACACAUAAUCCCAACAUGGUUCAGCUAAACAGUGGAGCACCCGUGAAAGUCCUACCUCCACUGUGGGUUAGAUGCGACUGCUCGGAUGCGGAGGGGACCUGCUGGCUGGGAGCUGAGCCCAUUAAAUCCAGUAGGAAUGAAAUUACAGGCAUGAGCUUCCGAACUGUAACUUGUGCAGGUCCCACUGCGGAUAAGAGCACCUUUCCCAGUCUGGACUCUCUCCGACAAGCGCAUAAAGAGAGACACUAUUCAUCAGUUAUGCAGACCAGGGGCUUUGCUCAGUAUGAUUUAUUUGGCUGCAACACAGUAGAAAAUUCUGUGAUUGAGUCCCAGAGCAGCGUCACAGUAGACUUCGUCUGGAAUGGUGUGGAGAGAAUAUUGCAGCUUCCACCACUGGCAUCAGCAGCAACAUUGAACAUUAAGGUGGAGUCUGGAGAUCUCCGAAGCCCAGUAUAUUCAGUUUAUAAAGAGCUGGAUUUUUUGCUUGUUUUGGCUGAAGGUUUAAAGACUGGGGUUACCGAGUGGCCAGAAACUGGCGAGACAAAAUCUGCUGUGGAUCUAGUGCAGCUCCUUCUAAAUGAUCUAAAGAAUAAAGUGGAUGGUCUCACUAGUUCUGUAUCCAAGAAAGACAAUGAGAAAAUAAAAAGUGACACUGCAGCAGUGGAUUGUUCCAUCCAGUCCUUUAUCACUGAACGGGGGGAUCUGGACUUUGCUGAGAUGUUGUGGUGCAGGAUGAGGAAAAGUGUCUCCUCUUACCAGGAUGUGGUAAACUGCUUCUCUCUUGUAAUCCAGUCCCUAAAAAAUGGAGAGGUGCAUCCUUGGAUCCACCGUGGAAGCAGCAGUGCCCUGAGCAAGCUCAUUCAGCAGUCCUAUCAUGGGAAGAUGCAGAGUGUCUCCCUUACAGGACUUACUCCUAUGCGGAUGUUGCUAGAAAUUGGACUGGACAAAAUGAAGAAAGAUUAUAUCAGCUGCUUCAUAGGCCAAGAUCUUGCAACUUUCAAUUACCUGGAUUACUUUAUUUCCUCUUCAGUGGACAUACAGGAACAGGUGCAACGUGUGAAGAAACUACAUCACAUGCUGGAGGUUGUUGUGGUCUGCAAUGCCUUUCUGAGCCUGGGGCAUGAAAACUUAUUUCCUCUCACACAGUCUUGUUUAAAAUACUACAAGGAAAAUCCUUGGAAUGAACAGCAUGUGUUCCAGCUUCCAAUCCGACCAAGCGUCAUCAGCACUUUCUACCAAAAUUCACACCCACAGACCUGGCGCGUGGAGAUCAUCAGUGGGCAUGGGCAGAAGGAAGUGAAGACAACCUGGCAGCUGACCUCUAGAAGACCAGUGGAUCAUGUCUCUUUCGCUGUACCAGAUGUGCCAAUAGAUAUGACAAUAAGUGGAGAGAAUGAAGAGAUUGUAUAUUACCCCACACAAGUCAGCUGCAGCCAAGUGAACUUCUGCUGAGACGGUUGCUUUCCAGAGCUACAGAAGUUGAUGGGUUGAAAGUGGUCAGCAAGUCUCUCAGCUAUUGGAGGACACCACCAGCAUUUGUCCAUGGGGUUACUUGCUGCUCCUUCUGCUUUAGCUUUGCCUUUGUAGCAGAAUCAUUAAAAGGACUGCAUCGGAAUUUGUGACCACUGUGGAGACCACAAUCUCUGUCACCAUUUCCAUGUAAGUGGUCAGCGGGUCUAGGAUUUAAUAGUGAGAAACGUCAUAAGGCCAAACGUGAUCUUUGUCUUCACUUGUUGAAACAGCAUCACUAUUGGUGCACAAAUUUCCUACCAUCUGUUUAAAAACAAACACUACAUUUAACAUUCUAACAAGACAUCUUACCAUGAAUAAGCCGCAGAAUAUUUGCGUCCAUAUUCCUCUUUUCACAAAAAGAAUAGACAAAAAGGGGGUUCUGAAAAUCUGUUGAAAUGAAAGUUCUGUACAUUGCUGCAUGUAGUAUGUUGUUUAGAGAAAGCUUAAAGCUGUUUCAUCCCACAAAGGGAAAGAGGAAGGGGAAACAAGUAUAUAUAGUAUGUAUAUAUAACAGGUUAACAUUGUCUUAUUGCGAUUAAAGAUCCCAUAAAGUCCUUCCAUCCUUCUUAUUAACACAUGCCACCCAUAGGGGUGAGAAAUCCCCCUUUUCUUAUAUAUACACAUAUAUAUAUUUUUUAUAUAAUAUAAACAUUAACCUUAUAAUAAACUGUUCCUCUAGA